CUUACAAUACAUAAAAGAAUCCAUACUGGUGAGAAGCCUUUAUGUGAUCAAUGUGGUAAGGGGUUUUAUAAAAAAUCCAAACUCAUAGUACACAAAUGUAUCCAUACAGUUGAAAAGCCCUGUUUUUGUGAUCUAUGUGGCAAGGCAUUUAAUCAAGAAUCUCAUCUUAAAACACAUAAACGCAUCCAUACAGGUGAAAAGCCCUAUGUGUGUGAUCAGUGUGGUAAGGCAUUCAAUCGUGAAGAUCAUCUCACAACACAUAAACGCAGCCAUACAGGUGAAAAGCCCUAUGUGUGUGAUUAAUGUGGUAAGGUGUUUAGUCAAAAAGGUAGCCUAAGCCAUAAACGAAUCCAUACUGGUGAGAAGCCCUUUGAGUGUGAUCAGUGUGGUAAGGCAUUUAAUGAAAAAUCUAAUCUCACAGUACACAAACGUAUCCAUGCAGGUGAAAAGCCCUUUGUAUGUGAUCAAUGUGGUAAGGCUUUUAGUCAAAUAUGAAAUCUCACUCUACAUAAACGAAUCCAUACAUCGGGUAAAAGGCCUGUCAUAUUUGAUCAAUGUGGUAAGGCAUUUAACAAAAAAUCCAAUCUCACAGUGCACAUGCGAAACCUUACUGGUGAAAAGCCCUGUGUAUGUGAUCAACGUGGUAAAGCAUUUAAUCAAGAAUCUCGCCUCAAAACACAUAAACGCAUCCAUACAGGUGAAAAGCCCCAUGUAUGUGAUCGAUGUGGUUAGGCAUAAUCAAAUACAACAGCUCACUGCACACAAACAAAUCCAUCCACGUGAGAAACCCUAUGUUUGUGAUCAAUGUGAAAGGGCAUUUAGUCAAUCGUAUAGUCUCACAAUACACAGGCAAGUCCAUACAGGUGAUUUAUUUAUUCUCGAAUAUUUAAACACGGUGGCCUGAUCAGCAUAAAAAACAUACAAUAUACGAAAAACAUAGUAACAGGACAUUAUGAGAUACAGAAAAAAAAGAACAAAAUAAAAAGUAAAAACACGAGAAUAUGCACGAGAUACAAAUGGCAAGAUACAUGAUAUAAAUAUGCAAAUACAAACAUUAAAAAGCUUGUCUUUCUCAGGGCUCUGUGAUUAUUAUUUAAAAAAAACAUUACAAAGAUAAAUAAGGCAAUGUAUUACACAGUACUAACAAUUUAAUCUAGGAAUAGAAAAUCAAGCAGAAGACAUUUGGUAAUUUUAUCACUAAUAUACAUGUACAUCGAGAUAUAACCCCCCCAAAAAAAAAAAAAAAUUCACAAACAUUUCACUGUUGUGGAAUGAAGUGGGAGUAACAGAAAGACAAGAAAAGAAUAUGAAUUAAGAUUAAGUGAAUUUAAGAACGGCACAGACAAUGGAAUAGUGAAUGAUAAGUUUUAUAUCAUACUGAUUAAAAUGAACGAUGUGAUUUGUAUGUGUUUAAGUUGGUAUUUGAAGAGUGAACAGAUUUUGAAAACCUUAUAUGGUCAGGCAGAUGGUUCCAAUUGAAAGAGCCUAGAAACAGGAAAGAUUUUUUGGUAAAAAGUCGUACAAGAGCAAAUUUUUCGGAACUGUGUGGUUCUCGUAGAAAUGUCAUCGACAAAAGAAAGUCUAUCGUAUAAAAUGGCGGGCGAUAAUUUGUUGACACUUAUACAUAAGAACACAUGAGGCUCUAUGGAGAACUUUGUUUAGAGAGGGCCAAUUCAGUUAUUUAAAUACGAUUUCAGAACAUGUCUUCCAUGUGCGUUUUGAUAUCAGGUACGCUGCCAUUUUAUGUAACCAGUUAAGCGUGUCAUAAUUUCCUUCUGAUUUGCCAAACCAAACAGAACAAUAAAGAAUAUGGGGAAUGACAUAUCCCCAAUAAAGUUUGGAAAGUUGAGAUUGAUUAAAAUAAUGUUUAUUCCUGCGAAUAAUUUCAAGCUUACGUUUGAUAAGGUUUGACAUUGAAUUGGUAUGUUGCUUAAAGUCAAGGCAAUUAUCGAUGUUACGCCCAGACACUUCACUUCAUUCACACAUUCUAGAGUACAGCCAUGUUUAUUAUUGAUAUUUAUUAUGAGUAGUACUUAGUUUUUGUUUUGACCCUAAUAGCAUUACUUUUGUUUCAUUUUAGUUCAAGAUCAGUUUGUUAUUUCUUAUCCAUGAAUAGGUCUCGUGUAGUACGUGCCUGGGUUAGAUUGGUUUCGACCUCUGCUUUAUUCUUAACAGAUACUGAAAUAGUAGUGUCAUCUGCGUACAUAUACACUGAGGCACUAGUAACAUGAUUCGAUAAGUCGUUGAUAAAUAGUGAAAACAGAACCGGAGCAAGAAUUAAGCCCUGAGGGACACCUACAUUAAUUUCUUUUGUAGAAGACUUUUCAUUACCAAUAGAAACGAGUUGUAUUGUUACUGAAUGGGCUAAGACAUUUCCAUGACAUCACACAAGCUUGUUUCCAACCGGUUUUGACUGCACUUCUGUGAACCCCAGCCAGUUUUCAUUAUAGGCCUAUAUUCAAAUUUAAUGCAAAUUUUUAAAAUCUUAAGGUAUGGAUAAAUUUGAAUAUAUUUAAAGCAAUGGUUUUUGAAAACCUAGAAGUUUGUCCGAGACGUGAUGACAUAGCACCAAAUAAUAUCUGCAAAUUGGAUUCUAGCAGAAGGUGAUUGAAGGUUUGCAUGGUGGCAUAAACAAUCCCUGAAGUUGUUUAUAUGGUGCACAAUAUGUAAAGACCUGGAAAGAACUGAGAAAAAAGUGGAUAGAGAAAUGGAGAGGUUAGAAAGUAGAGUAUCUUUCGGAAAUGAGUGUAGUCUUAAAGAGGACUGUAAACCAGAAAGAGUGGAAAGCUUGAGCAGUAGGCAGGAUGAGAGUCUUGAGUCGAAGGCUGGUUGAGUUGGAGGGGUGAGAGAAGAUUGAGUUGAUGAGAGAAGGCUGGCUCGAGUUGGCUAGUGGAGUUGUAGAGCAGGAGCGGGAGAGAAGACUCGACAUUUCAGGCAGGAUGGCGAUGUGAUUGACAGGUUGACAUAUCUGCAGAUUGACAUGAAUUAUUUGCUGCUAUGUCAGACAAGCCUCUGACAAGCUUUCAGGUUGUCAAAAAACAACCUUUGCUUUGAAUAUUCAAAUUUUAUGCAUACCUUAAAGUUACGCAUAUAAUUUGAAUAUGAAAACAGACUGGGGUUUGACAAAGUGCGAUCAGAAACAGUUGGAAACAUACUUGUGUGAUGUCAUGGAACUGCCAAAGCAAAUCCAGAAUCACUGUUUUUGAAUGAAUGCAGAAUGCAGUGUAUUGUAUGAUUUUCUUAAAAUCUGAAGAUGGCCCCAAACUUGUAGCCUGUACUCUAUAGACAUGAUUGUAUCCCAUUAUGCAUACAUGUAAGAAUCCGAGCCCGUUUGAUGAGCGACUCUUACUUGCUGAAGUUAUGUAGAAAAUAGAUUGUUUUUACUUUCUCAUACAGGACUAACAAUGGAAUUCCAAUUAUUUACUGACAUUGAUAUGUCCUGUUUGCAAUGUAUUAUCAAAGGUCAAGUCCACCCCAGAAAAAUGUUGAUUUGAAUAAAUAGAGAAAAAUCAUAUUAGCAUAACACUGAAAAUUUUAUCAAAAUCAAAUAUAAAGGAAGAAAGUUAUGACAUUUAAAAGUUUCGCUCAUUUUUCACAAAACAGUGAUGUGCACAAUUUAGUGACAUGCAAAUGAGACAGUUGAUGAUGUCCUUCACUCAUUAUUUCUUUUGUUUUUUAAUGUUUGAAUUAUUCAACAUAUCAUAUUUUACAGAUUUGAAAUAAAGCACCAACUUGACUGAACCAUAUACUAUUAAACAAUGCUAAUUCCACAUGUUCAGGGAGGAAUAAAUUGUUGUUUUCACUUGACAAUGAGGAGAAAAUCAGAAUAUUUCAUAUUAAUAAAAUAAAGAAAUAGUGAGUAGAUGACACCAUCAGUCUCCUCAUCGACUAAGAUGUGCGUAUAGCUGUUUUGUGAAAUUAAGCAAAACUUAAAAUGUCAUAUAACUUUCUUAUUUUACAACUGAUUUUGAUUUUAUUUUCAGUAUUAUGCUUAUUGGAUUUUUCUCUUUUUAUUCAAAUCAAAUUUUUGUUGGGAUGGACUUGUCCCUUAAUUCUCAGUAGUUGACGAAUGGUGUGGUCUUUUUUAUUAAUUUUUUUAAAGCAUGCUUUAGUAUGAGACCAUGUGACCUGAUAGAGGUUCUACAGAAUUCACAGUGAACGUAUAUUAUCAAAGUUGAACAUUAUCAGGAGUAAACUGAACAAAUAUUCUAUGAGAACGAUGGCAUAUUAAAGAGAGAACUAGUAAAAUAUUAA